AUGAUAUUUCUUAUCUGUCUAAUACUUUUUAUCGUUCCCACCAUUGCUGAAGAUAAUUGUAAUCUUGGAGUUAUCAACAUUUUAAAUUCAACAGUGAUACCUGAAUCUUGCAAAGAAAUCUUGGCAAGAGUUCGAAUUUCGAGUGGAAUUCAGGAUGCGAAAUUGGCCGAGAUUUUCAAAAAUGUCCGGAAAAUUGAGGGCGUUUUGGAGAUUUGGAAUAGUGAUUUGAUAGAAAUCACAUUUUUAUCAAAGGUUGAAGAAAUCUCGGGAGAUUUUCUGGAUAAAACUUUAUCGAUUGUGAAUAAUUCAAGACUGGAAAAAAUCAAUGUAGGUUUUUGGGGAACAUAACAUUUGUUAGUUAGUUUUUUUGUACCUGAUCUAGCCAAAUUCAAAAAUAUGUACAUAUAUAAAUUCAGAUCAGCUCAUUGACAAUUGUAAAUGGAAUGUUGAGAAUUGUCUCAAAUCCUCUUUUGAAUCUUCGCUCAAAUUGUGAUAAACUACAACAACUCUACACAUCUGACCGUGUAAUCAAUAAUAAUUUGGAUAAUUGUGGCUGUGAUAUUCAUCAAACAAUAACUUAUACAAAUACUGAGAUUCCGGAAAAUUGCACAACAAUUUAUGGAAAACUACAUUUUGAUGGUGCUUCUCCACCUUACAGCUGGCUGAAACGCUUGAAAACUGUGACAAAAUUGUAUGGUUCAUUGAUAGUUGAGAACACAAAUUUAGAAACUUUGGGAUUUCUAGAGAAUUUGAAAGAAAUCAUUAGCGAUGAGGAUAGUGCAAAUGCUAUUUUAAUACAAAAUAAUGAGUAUUUGGAGAGAUUUGAUUUGUUGAGUUUGGAAAAAGUUACGAGCAAAAACCCGGAGGCAGUUAUUACCUUCAACAAUUGUUACGCUUGUAUUGAUCCACAGUUUGUUAGAGUUCUGGUUCAAUCAAAUCUUGAUGUUUGGUUUCCACAAGGUGGUUACUGUGAUUCAUCUAGUAAGUUUAGAUUUUGAAUGUUGAGUCACGUGGAUUUUUAAAUUCCAAAAUUUAACUGUUUCAUUAGAUUUCUAUGAAACCUGUUAUUUACAUAAUAAAGAAAUAACGCAUAUUUAAAAUUGAAAUUGUUUUCAGAAAUAAAUUAUCCAUCUCAAUAUUGCAAUGGAAGUAUUCUAGAUAUUCCUGAUAGAUGUACAAAGUAUAUUGGAAAUAUUGUUUAUGCAAACCCUGACGCCGAAUAUUUUUGGAAUGAAUUCAAUACAACACAUGUUUCCUCAAAAGUUUUGGAAAAACUGAAAAAUUUGGAACAGAUUUAUGGAACUGUUUUGUUUCAAGGAACCGAUAUUGAAGAGCUUCUUCUGCCAAAUAUUGAGGAAAUGUAUCAAAUUAGUUGUAAGUUAUUUUUGAAUUCAACGGAUAUUCAGAAUAUAUAGUGAUUUCCAGAUUCUGAUAGCUAUUCAUAUCCCUACACGUCAUUCAAAGAACUUGAAGUGAUCAAAUUAGUUAGAAAUGUCAAUCUUGUUAAAUUUGAAAUCCCAAAACUUAAAAUUGCUAUGCAGCAGAUUGCAUUUGAGGGAAAUGGAAAUUUUACGGUGGAUUCUGAGAUGUGUUUCAAUAUGACGUUGGGAAUGAAUUCAAAGUUUUAUAUUAAAACAGAAGGUUACAAAUGUUGUAAGUAAACUUUUCCUAACUCGAAAAAAGUAAUGAAAGUCUGAAAAUUGUCUGAUAAUUAAUUUCAGAUGAACUACUACGAUUAGAAUUAGAACAAAAAGAACAAACCAAUUGA